UCAAAAUAGAAAAUUUCUCCACAUACUGUCAUAGAAUAUUGAAGUUGAUCUACCAUUAGUCAUACGUGCUUUUCACUUUUGAUAUGUCGAUUAUGAUUCCUUGUACUUUCAAAUGAAGACAUAUUCAUUUAAGUGGAUUGUAGCCGGCUAAAAAGACCGAUAAUUUCGCCGCAGUGAACAAUCGUAUAUAUCGCAAAAAUGGAAAAACUUUCCAUGUUUGGUGGUUUGCAGAAAUCGAUCGAUAUUCUAAAAUCAACGGAAUGCAGCCAAAAGGAGAAAAUCGCUCAUUUUGGGCAGAUCAGCGAAGCGAUUGUGACCUGCAAAUCCAGUUCGUCGAGCAGCAGCUUCCAAAAUCACUUGAGUGCAGCCAUUGGAACAUUGUUGAUGUUUUGUGAGGAAACUGAUUCGUCCGUUCGAAUGAGUGCAGAGGAGAAUCUUAGUCGGAUAAUCAGAUUCUGCGAAAGCAACGGAAGCAUCGUUAGAGUGCAAGUGGAUCUGUACCAUGAGAUCAAAAAGAAUGGAAACGAAAAAGCUUUGCGCGUUUGCUUAGCUUUAUUCGGACACUAUUGUGGUGCAAUAAAGCAACGUAAAGGGAAAAUUUAUGCACAAAAUCUGCUUCCGUGCAUCUUUGCUAUUUCGAAGCGAAGAGAAACUCAAGUGCUGGAAAGUCUAGCAACAUUCGUGAAAGUGUUUACCGAGAAGCUCGAAAGCUACAUGACCGAUGGGGAAGUUCUUAAAAUAACCGAAGUCUUCGUAGAAGAUUUAGCUGCGGAAUGUGCUACAAAGCGACGAUGUGCUGCACAAAAUAUAGAUUCGUUUAUAAAGCGUUCAAGAUGCCCAGAGUUUUAUGCAAACAACACCUUCAACCGAUGUAUUGAAAUGCUUAUCAAGAACCAGGAUCAAUCUGCAGUUUUAGGUGUUCUGACAUGUUUCCGAGGCAUUAUGCCAAUAGUGCUAAAGCACUCAUCUCCUGAGAGAUCAAUCGAAAUUUUAGAUCUCGUGCUUUAUUUUUUAAAGGAUGGAAACCACAGCGUUGUGAAUGCAGCGCUCGAAGUAACCGCUGUGAUUUUGAACAAUUUACAGUCAGGUGCUAGAAAAGCACUUCUUUCCCAAGAUUUAGAACAUCGUCCAUGGCUAUUGAAACGGAAAACUUUGAAAAAUUCAGUUUUUAAAAUUAAUAUGAGUGAUAGUUUGCUGGGAUCCCGUAAAUCCAGUACCGAUGCGAGAAUAGAUUUGUUAAGGCCGGACAGGCAAAUGUCUUUUCUUCAAGUAACAUCAACCCCAACGAAGUUUACACCAGGUGAUGAUAAAUCUUUGGCGUCAGCAUCGGAUUUAGAAAUGGAUUUUUCACGAUGCAUGGAACUUGAAAAUACACUACAGAUGAAAGACUCUAGUCCGGAAAACGAGAUGAAGCAUAAACCUAUUCAAGAGGACGCUUCCCUCAAGAGACAAAAAUCCACUGAUUCCAUUGGAUCUUUAAUCAAUACGUUUUUAGUGACCAGUACAAACGCCGGAGAGUCGGUGAGCAAAUUUUUCCGAAAAUCAUUUGAUUCACCAGCUUCUGGGUCAACUCCAGCAAGAGAAGUUGACAACAUUAAGAGAUCGGAGGAAGAUGAUUUAUCGUUGGAAUCCUUAGCUAGCAGCCAAAUUUCUAUGCAGAGUAGUAAUGCUGAUACUAUUCGGAAUGAAUUGGACGUGAUGUUGGAGGUAGACGAUUCGAUUGCGACGGAAACAGUGACACUGACUGAGCAUUCUCGGGAGAAAUAUGCACCUGAAACGCACGAACCAGACACAGAAACAGCCAUGGCGUCUCUUGCGAGUGCAAUGGAAGACAUUGUUGAGCAAUCUCCUGGUGCAGCCCGCGACCUGUUUAUAGGAUCUAUUCACGAUCAAAAUAUUCUCGAUUAUGCUACUAGGCUCAUUGCUUCUAAAUUCCUACUGACUGGAGUUAAGCAAGGUCUCAUACCAGACUAUAAUGUUCGUGUUUCAGUGAAAAGUAUGUCUUUACAAAUACUUUCGCAAUGUAUCAAACUUCGGCCGGAAGUCCUCUUGCUAGCACUGGAAAAAGAUGAGCCCAGUGAUGAAUUUGACGUGGUUGAGAUCCUCAACCUGGAAGAUGCUAUCAAUGAGAUGUCCAACGAAACGUUAUCAAACGAAGCAGAAGAUAACUCUCCAGAAAACGCAAAAAUGGCUGCUGUGCCAGAAACAGAAGCGUUGUUGGAGAUGAAAGAAGAUCACUUCGGAGAGUGCACUAGUUCAACAUAUUUUGAGUAUUUUUCUCCAAUGAGUAUCAGUUUAGAUCAAGGACUCACAUCGCUUAAAUCAAAAUUGAAAAUGGUUGAAGAGAAUUUCAGCACGAUGGCAUCCGACAGUCAGGAUAAGCUUAGUAAAGAGUUGGAUGCUAUUCUUUCUCAAUCAGACUCCGGUGGUUUGGCGACAAAGAAAGGGCAACGCAGAAAAGAACUCUUGGUUGUUCCCAAGGUUAUUACCAGUAAAGGAGAUGUCGUAUCUAAACGAUUAGAUCCGAGAAAGGACGAUGAUCAGCAAAUGGUAGCUGAUAUACUGCUUUUCUACAAUCAUGCUGACCAGAUGCUGAGAGCAAACGUACUGAUUAUUAUUGGUAACUUUUUGAAGGUCGUUCUGGAGAAUUAUGGAAGUGUAAAUGCAUUUCUCAUAUUCAACGACAAGAAAAAUGUUUUGGGUGGAUACUUGAAUGAAGAUGUAUUAUUGAACAUUAUUGGUCAGAGUUUUUCCGAUGACAUUCACAUCGUGGUUAACCAAGCACUGACUGCAUUUGAGCUUGUAUUCAUGACUUAUUGCAAGCAUCAGCCAUAUAAUACUCAGUGGAAUAGAUAUUGUGAAUCCGAUUUUGUAAGUUUCAGCCUUCGGAAAACUUCAAUCACAAACUAUUUCACCGAUCAAAACGAUGAUCUACAGAAAAUAGAUCUACGAAAAAUGUUAAGUCAACUACUUCUUGUAUUCAACAACAAAUACUGGUUGGUGCAAUGCAAAAUAUGUGAUGUUACUGCCAACAUUGACAUCAAAACACUUGGUGCCACAAUUGGAGAGGAACAAGCCCGUUCAAUCGAGGAUAAAUGUUUGCAGCAAAUCAUUAAACUUUUGGGAAGCAGUGACCUACGAGUUCGAAACCAUGUCGGCCAGAGGCUGAUUGAUUACAUCGAAAAUGGUUCCUACAAUGGCGCGCGGAAAAACGAAGGUAUCAUAGAGAGCUUCGUCAACGAGCAUGUGUUAUCGAACUUUGCGGAACCUAUUGAUGCGCGUCGUUUGCUUGGUGUGAAAGAAGGUGAAUUCACGAAAAAAAUGGCCAAAAUUUUAUAUGUUCUGAGCAACAAACUUCUAGAUGUGAGCGACCGAAAUCAGCUGCUUGGAAUCAUACAUUUUAUAAAGCAACUGAUUGUAAAAUACAAUCCGAUCGAUCUACUGAACAUGUGGAAUGAAUUCAACUUACUUGAUGUACUCUCGAGUUUGAUGAUUGAACAUACAGGAACCGCGCUCGAUUUAACUGCACAAAACGACCUGUUGGAAAUAUGUUCCACACUAAUGAUCGUCACUUUAUCAUCAAGGCCAAUAACCAGUAUGGACAACGAAGUGAUUGAUAAGUUUAUCUUUCACAUUUUGAAACUGCUAAACAUUUAUCAGCACCUGCUAAUGUUUCCGAUACCAGCACCAAAACCGCCUAAAGGAGAUCUUUUUGCGAACCCGAAAGAACUGCAGCUAGUAAACUGCUUCGGAUAUUUUGGAAACGAUCCUCUGUACGUGAAGUUGUACAAUUUACUAAGGAAUCUGUACGAGAGUUAUAAGAUUACAAUCUCUGACGAAAUGAGUCAAAAACUGUUUGGCCUUCUUCGGACGACCAUUGCCAGUCUGUGGCGUAUAUUGGAAAUCAAAAGCAUCUCAUCGAUGACGAACGGUUUCAAAUUCAUCGAAGAAGUCCUUCGGUAUCUGAUCACGUUCCUACCCUAUGAACCAGAGUACUGCAUUCGAUGCACUCGGUUCCUGCUACGGUUUCUCUUCAGCUGCAGUUAUGUGAACCGACUGGAGGAUAUCGCGUAUUUCAAGAAAUCUAGUCAAUCGCUGGUUCUAAGCGAUACAGCAGAAUGUCGACAGUUUUUUGAUCGAUAUUACGAGUUCAACAAAUGUCGGACUAUCAUCUCGGUGUCCGAUUUGGGAAGCUAUAUAAAGCAGUUUGAGCAAAUGGUGAUCGCAUGCCUGAAGAUCUAUUCCAAAACAUCGGCGAAUGUGCAAACUACGAUUCUAGAACUACUGUGCCAGCUCCUGGACUUCAACAUUAACUAUCAGCUGUUGGACUCGAGUAAUGUGUUCGUAGAAAGCGUCUUGAAGCAUAUAGAACUGUUGGAAACGGGAUCGAUUGCGGAUUCAGAGCGGUUGAUGCCAAACAUAGUGAAGUUUCUGUUUCUCCUUUCGCACUCAAAGGAUCGAACGAAAAUCAUCAACAUUCCAAAGAUAAUCAACAUCUGUGAUAAUUUACUGGCCAAUGCUUCGAUUCGCAAAACAGCUAUCGCUUCAUUGCAAGCGUUAGUUCAUGAAAUAUUUUUCUUGUAUAGAGUUGCCCCUGCUGAUCGGAGUAGUGAGCUGAUCAUGGCAGAGGUGGCUACGCAAAGGGAAGUCAUUUUGAAUAUGAUGAUCAAGUUUCCCGAAGAGGUUUUGUGUUAUGAGAUCGCACCGAUGGUGUUGCUGAUCGAAAGGCAGUCGCAGGUAGGAAAAUAUGAAAUGGAAAUUUUGAAUGCUAUCAUCGGAGCUAUGCAGGAGAGGAAAAUGGUGAUCAGCAAUGAUCGAGAAAGACUGAUUGUGGAAAGGGUGCUGAAGAUGAUGGACGGUGGAGUGAUCUUGAACGCAACCGUGAUUCAAAGUUUACUGAGAGUUGUUGACGACGUCUUCAAAAGUAAAGAUUUAACAUCAUUUCAAAAAAUGAUUUAUUAUCAAAUUAUUUUUAAAUGUGCUCUGUUGAAAACUGAUGAAGAAGAUUUACUACAUCAUGUAGCAACAUUUUACAAUGAUAGUUCCGUUUCAACUGCAGGAGAACAAAUAACAAACCUCAUCAUCGACAUUUUAUACUCUUCGAUUGAGAGCUCACAAAUCCACAAAGAGGACACUCAGUUACGAGACAGUCUUGUUCAGUUGGUACUAAUUAUCAACCAAAUUAAAAGAUAUCCCAAAAUCAAAUCAACAGUAAUGAGCACAAUGAAGAUCGAAAAACUAAACGUUUCCAGUGGAGAUUACGUAUUACAAACUUUUAUUCUUAACAUGCUUGCCGAAUUUGGAUUUGAGUUGAAAACGUUGACAUCAGCAUUAGAAGACAUACGUGGAACAGUGAUGUACGAACAAUCGAUCGCCGAUGUGAUAAGAUUCCGAACAAGCGCAGUAUUCUCAACAACGGAUUUAUGUUCAAGUGAUAUUUCCUAUCUGAUUGAUGAGCAUUUUAUCACAUUGGUAUCAAAAUUUGAUGCGCUGCUCUCAUAUUACGUAUCUUCAAUCGAUUACUCGGACAAGAUUGUCACCAAAACUAUUGGGAGUAUGCGCUCCAUGGGUUCUACCUACAAACAGUUUAACUUGUUGGAGAAAUCAAACAUCAGAAGCCUGUCGAUCAUGACAGAGAUGCUUAACGAAUUACUGGGAGAUUCAAACAUAGUGAUUGCUCGUAGAUCUGCCAUAGUACUUGAUGGAAAACUAAAUGCUUUGCUAAAGACAGAGCCUUUAACCAGCGAAAAUGUUGAAAAAACACUUCCAUAUCCAAAGUUUGAACAACUUUUGAAUACCUUUUCACCGGAACGCCGUAAAAGAUUCGCAAAACUUUUCAAAACUGUGCUAUUGCUUGUUCGCUUCUACGAUGGUCUACGCACUCCACAAGAUCUGGUACCACAGAUUGACACUCAAAGCCUCAAACAAAUCAAUACCGAUGAAGAUUGGUUCUUGGAUCAAAUAGGUUUUCAUUGCACCACUAAAUCGUAUACGAAACCAAAGAACAUUGCACGCAUGCUUUACGAAGUUAAUUCGGAGAGCAAGCUUAUAAACUUUCUCUCCAGUUCCGACUUUAACUUUCGCUUACUUCGAGAAGUGAUUGCUACGGCGUUUGAAACUAUGUCGCAAGUGUUUCGAGCAGAUUGUGUCCAAUUCAAUCCACACCUGAAUUAUCUUAAAGUGCACCCUAUGCUUAAAGUUGGUAUGAUCGUACUCAUGAGAAAACUGGAAGAAAUCAAUUCUACCCCGGAGGAUGCAUACGACGAAAAAAUAGUACGUCAUUGUGUUAAAGCAACCAUCUGCUUUCUGGAAAACAUGAUUCGAUUGGAGCACCUUUGCUUGAUUUACGUUGAGGCGCGAUUCAUAGACCGUUUCCUGAAGGACCAUAUUCUUAAAUCCAACUUCUACGAGUCCCUUUUGUUGUUCGCUAGAAGCUGUGCGAAAUUUAUCCAAUCGAAAAAACCGGCAACGAAAAUGAAUGACAUCACUACGGUCCAUCUAUACCUCCAAUGUAUAGAUCUGAUACUGCAGCAAAAGUGUCUGUGGGCGGAACUCAAUCAAAACGACAAAUACAUGGAAAUGCAAGAUCUGUUCAUAAGACUUACAUUCGAAGUCGUCACUGAACACUUGCGGGACAGUCUCUUUCUGCAACGAUACCAUCCACCAGAGCUUUUCAGUAAUCUCAUCGCGAACAAUUAUGAACAGGUUGAGAUAUGCCUGCAAGUGCUUCUCGUCGCAGAGUACAUUUCCGAAAAGGAAUCAAUUGACGAGGAAGUAUAUUUAGCAGAGCACUCAAAGCGCUGGUUGUCGACGAUGCAAUCGGUAGCCGUAUCACUACUGAAAAUGGACCGGUUCUAUUCGAUUGCAAUGACUCCCAGGGAGGUGUUCAACUGCUACAGCUUGGACGUAGAUGUGGACCCUCUGAAGCUGCCGUCAGUUCCCAUAGACUAUCUGUAUGAGCUGGAUACGUUGGAGGCUUAUUUGAAACGAGUUAAUAUAUUUGGAUACUCAUCGAAACAUCAAUUUGAGGAGCUUUUCAUGUCGUUACUAGUGCUGAUAAACAGAGAAGGCAAUCCUGACAUUAUGAAUUACCAGGAGCAGUACGAAAUCAAGAAAAUGUGCUUAACAGCUAUAAGCAAUCUGCUUCUGACAUGUUAUAAGUAUCCCCGGAUUGGUUUUGGCAAUGGAAAGUACCAUCAUGUACCUCGAGUAUCGCCGAUUAAAUGUGAUAGUGUUGGUUUGAAAAAACUGCACAACAUUCAGCUGUUGAUCCCUUCGAACAGUAUUUUUUAUCAGCCCAACCUGGAACGAAAACUCCGGAUGUCGACCAAUGAUGACGGUUUAUGGACGAAUAAUAACGUGAUUGGAACAGAAACUUUUUCGGCUAAUCAGUUCUCCAUUUACUACUCCUGGCAAACCAUGGAAUGUUCGGAAAAUGAGUCUUUAACGUCCAAAAACCUUAAAUAUUUCAUCGAGAAAGCCAAUUUGGACGUGAUGAGCUCAGUGCAGUUGAUUUAUGGCAUUUUUGAGCAAAUGAUUGAGGACAACUUUGCAUUGGUUUUACCACUAUUAGUUCAAUUUUGUGAGAUAUGCGAGAAUAGAGAUCAAAUUCGCCAUCUGUACAAUCUGCUGCUUGGUCUGCAGGAACGAGUCCCCAUGGAAGAUACGUUAUCGCAACAGCACAUUAUAUAUUUGCUGUGCAAGAUGACUGCAUUACUGGUACCAACGAUGGCAGAAAUGACCCAUCUUUGUUCGAUUAUCCCAACUUAUUUAAAAAGUACACAGCUUUAUAUCCGAGACGCUACAUUGAACGGUUUAUCUUGUCUACUGGAAUGUCUGGUUCUCUCUAAUACCACUAUGGGUGGACUCAGUGAAGAACUGCAAAUGUUGAGACACAUUAUAAUUAACUAUACAGUGAAGCAUGGAGUUAUUGACGAAAGUGCAACUACUUUCAGCGAUACUCACUCGAAGCUGGUAUGGACAUUAAAUUUUUAUUUGAUCGAAACGACGUCCCGAUUUGUUGCAGAUUGCAAUUUAUUGCAAAAUAGUAUCAUUUCUGCGAAUAACAUUCUGAAAAGGACAACAAACCUGGAGAUUUAUCUCUGUAUAUUAAAGGGCCUCGAAAGACUUGUUCUCAUCAAUAUCAUUGGACGCCAACUGUUAGAGAAAGUGGAAAAACUGGCUCUCGAUUUGGUCAAACAAGACAACGAGAUGUUUUCUCUGGCAGCAUUGAAGCUUCUGGUAACUUGCAUCUACCACAGCUCUAAUGAACAACUGGAAAACACCGAGCGUUCCAACGGAAUUGUGCAAGAUGAGCCGGAAAUAAUUAUUCAACAGAUUGAAAAGAUUGAAGUUCUUUUCACGAAAAUCCGUACAACUACUCCGCAGGGUGCAAAAAUAUUCGGCGAUGUAUUGUGCCAGUUGAUUCGAGAUCUACUACCUCCGAACGAAAUUCUUACCAAAGUUUUCAAAGAGUUGAUGCUGAAUCAACCCAAUCCGGACAUCAUUGCAGCUGUAACCUACCAAGUUUUCCGAUCGGCAAUCGAUUGUUCCUACCUAGCUCUUCUUCAAGAGUGGUUGCUUUGCUCUCUACCAAACUUUCUAGCCUUUUCUCAAAUCAACAAAUCCGUCUGGUGUUUGACAGUGAUAUUUAUGUCUGCUUCGCUGAACCAGCAUCUACUGAAAAUUUUCCCUGAGGUUUUGUCGCUACCAUCGUAUCAGCAGCUGAAUGAACGAGAGAUCAACAACUUGAUUAUUUCUGCCAAAGAUUUCUACCGCAGAUUGGAUGCAUCACAAAAGGCAAAGUUUAGAGAAAUAUUCCAACAAAAUGAAUCGUCUGUGUAUCAGAGCCUUUUAGGUUGCCUCUAGGACUAUGUAAAUUUGUAUCAUUUACGUUAUUUAUUCGAAUUUUAUCUGUUUAUGUUCAUAGUUUUCACCAUAUAAUUUUACCAUAUUUAUCGUAGAAAUAAACGCUAAUUAGCAAGCAUAUUUUUGCUUUUCCUU